AUGGAGAAUUCCGCCUUGAAGAGCACGUCCAUUGCCAUAAUAGGCAUGAGCUGCAGGUUCGCUGGAGAUGCCACUAAUCCCGAGGAAUUUUGGAAGAUGUUAGUCGAGGGCAGAAGUGCUUGGAGUGAAAUCCCGCUGUCUAGAUUCAAUAUCGACGGAGUGUAUCAUCCGAGUCAUGAAAAUAUCAGCACGGUAGGAGCAAACUUGAGGGAUCAUGGCUGGAUCGAGUAUACUUACAAGGGUGACGAAUGCAGACAAAUCUGCGGUGAGUCCCGUGAGCCCCUGUAUGUCACCAUUUACGGCAAGAACGCUGAUGGCAAGAAGACUCUGGACCCACAAUAUCGGCUGCAGUUGGAAUCUGUCUAUGAGGCACUGGAAAAUGCUGGAAUUCCUCUAACAAAAGUUGCUGGAUCCGCUACGUCCGUUUUCGCGGGAGCUUUCUUCCAUGACUAUCAUGACAGUCACAUGCGGGAUCCCGAAAGCCUCCCACGGUUUUUGAUGACUGGAAACGGCGCGGCGAUGGCAUCUAACCGUAUAUCACACUUCUAUGACUUGCUCGGGCCAAGUAUGACGCUCGACACCGGUUGCAGUACCACACUUACGGCACUGCAUCAAGCAUGUCAGAGUCUCAAGGCUGGGGAAGCGGAUAUGUCUAUUGUAUCCGGCUCAAACAUAAUGAUCAACCCGGAUAUUUUCAUCACUAUGGGUUCUCUGGGAUUACUCUCACCGGAUGGCAAGUCAUAUUCCUUUGAUAGCCGAGCGAAUGGCUAUGGCCGUGGAGAGGGCGUCGCCACAGUCGUCCUCAAGCGACUGGAUGACGCACUUAAGGCCGGAGACCCUGUUCGAGCAGUGAUUCGAGAGACACAGGUAAAUCAAGAUGGCAAAACAGAGACCAUUACAUCACCUAGCCAGCAGGCUCAAGAGCAGCUAAUUCGCUCGUGCUAUCGGAAAGCUGGUGUCCACCCACGUGCAGUGCAGUAUUUCGAAGCGCACGGGACCGGUACGCCAACUGGUGACCCGGUUGAGGUCGGCGCUAUUGCCUCUAUUUUCCAGCAAGGCAGAUCCGCUCAGAACCCCCUAUAUAUUGGGUCAGUGAAGACUAACAUUGGCCAUACGGAAACCACAAGUGGUCUGGCCAGUGUGAUAAAGGUCGUACUGGCCUUGGAAAGGGGUAUAAUACCCCCUAGCAUUAACUUCGAGAGCCCAAACAAGAGCCUCUCCUUAGACGAGUGGAAUCUCAAAGUGCCGACAAAGUGCGAAGAGUGGCUUGCAGGAAUCCCACGCGCAUCUGUGAAUAACUUCGGGUAUGGUGGGACAAACGCUCAUGUCAUUAUGGAAGGAUGGAAAUCCCGAACUUCAGUGAAUAAAAACGAGCUUGAAAACGAAGCCCAAAUCACUGACCGCAACAAAAGCCACCAGAGCUUUGGAUCGAGAGUGUUUAUUUUGAGCGCGAAAGACGAGCAGGUGUGUCAAGCAAUGACGGCCAACCUGAAAGAAUAUCUCCAGGGUCUUCCUCUAUGCAAUCAAGAAGAAUUUCUCGACGACCUUGCGUAUACAUUGGGCCAGCGUCGGACCCUAUUUCCAUGGAUUUGGGCAUGCGCAGCUGGAAGUGUGUCAAGUCUCAUCGGAGAGCUUGACAGCCUCAAGAUCAAGCCCAGUCGGGCCGCCAAUCAGCCAAGAAUUGGAUUCAUCUUCACUGGCCAAGGCGCACAAUGGCACGCUAUGGGUCGGGAGCUCAUCGACUCUUAUCCCGUCUUUAAGGCCUCCAUUCUAGAGGCUGAGAAAUAUCUGGCAGAAUUCGGCUGCGACUGGUCGAUUCACACGGAACUACUUCGCGACGUCAAGACCAGCAGGGUCAAUGAAACACUAGUAAGCACGCCGCUGUGCGUUGCAAUUCAGGUAUCUUUGGUACGCCUCCUUGAGUCCUGGGGUGUAACGCCCGUUGGAGUAAGCAGCCAUUCGAGUGGAGAGAUUGCAGCGGCAUACGCUGCAGGCGCUCUGAGCUACAGGUCGGCAAUGGCUGUGAGUUACUGUCGUGGCGAAGUCACAUCAGCGUCUACGAGUGGGAGAGGAGGCAUGUUGGCAAUAGGCAUGGGGCGCGACUCUGCUGAGUCGCUCUUGAAGCGAGUGAAUAGCGGCAAGGCCAAUGUCGCUUGUAUCAACAGUCCAUCCAGCGUCACUGUCUCCGGGGACUUGAACGCGAUCGAAGAACUCGAGGGCCUGGCCAAAGAACUUGGCGUUUUUGUCCGUCGACUCCGGAUCAACGCAGCGUUCCACUCACAUUUUAUGGAACAACUUGCUCAGCCCUAUCUUGAGCAGAUGCUGUUGAUGGGAGUUGGCAAGGAUAAGCGGAAGAUGAAGCCAGUCAGAUUUGGCUCGCCUACCACCGGUACACUAAUGACCAGUAGCGCUGACAUUGGUAGCCCUGAUCAUUGGGUCAAAAGCAUGCUGAAUCCCGUUUUAUUCAUCGACUCCUUCCGAGAAAUGGCCCUUGACUCUUCCACCGGCAGCACAGCCGUCGAUUUGGUUAUUGAAAUCGGGCCCCAUGCCGCGCUAUCGGGACCUGUCGGUGACAUCUUCACUCUCCCCGAGUUUAAAGAUAGCGACAUAUCAUAUUUAUCUUGCCUAGUGCGGAAGUCAAGUGCCCUAGUGACAAUGCAUACGCUGGCCACCCAGCUAAUUUCCAAGGGGUUUCCUGUCGAUCUCAGUUCUGUUAACCUUCCUCGCGGUAAGCACAAUGCGGCCGUUCUAUACGACCUCCCUCCAUAUCCGUGGAACCACCAAUUCCGUCAUUGGUCCGAGCCCCUAGUCAACAAGAGACACAGGGAAAGGCAAUUUGCGCCACAUGAUCUGUUAGGAUCCCUUCAGACAGGGACCGACAUUAGUGCUCCUACAUGGAGACAUAUCAUUCGUGCUUCGGAGCUCGCGUGGGUCAGGCAUCAUUCUGUCCAGUCCAACAUGGUUUACCCCGGCGCAGGCUACAUUUGUAUGGCUAUCGAGGCUAUGUGCCAAGUCAGUCGGAUGUCGGACAAGAUGCUCUCGGGAUACCAAUUCCGCGAUGUGGUCAUCCAGCAAGCACUCGUGAUUCCUGAAGGACCUGACGGAGUUGAGGUCCUGUUCACUCUCAAGGAUGUCAGUGAGAAAGCCAUCGGUGUCAGGGACUGGAAAGAGUUUCAAAUCCUGUCAAUAGCUCAGGAUAGCAAGCGGACCGAGCAUUGCAGAGGACUAGUCCAUGCCGUACUUGAGGGCAGCACAGAGGAUCAGGGCCGAUGGGAUUUCCCUGGUCCAUUGUUUGAAACCAGGGCUUUUAACAGCCACUUAAAGGAGAUCGACCCAGAAGAUCUAUUUUCUGGACUAAGAUGCAUCGGUAUCUGUCAUGGCCCAGUGUUUCAGAAUAUAGAGAGAAUCAAGGCAGGCGAGAGACUGUCCGUGACCACCUUAUCUGUUGCGGAUGUUCAAUCCAUAAUGCCUGCCCAUUAUCAGCAUAACCAUGUGUUGCAUCCCACCACGCUUGACUCAGUCUUCGUGUCGGCAUAUACCGCUCUCACAGAAGCAGAUUUCGCUCAGUCCAGCGCCAAGGUGCCCAAGACGAUCAAAAGUCUUUGGGUAGCCAACAAUAUCAUUUCCGAAGCUGGGCACAGAUUCAAAGCGUACUCCGAAAUCAAGCGCGCUGAUUCAAAGGGUUUCCGGUCUCGUGUUUUUUUGGUAGACGCCAGCCAUGAUGUGGAAACACCAGUGCCGCUCGUAGUGGUUGAUGGCUUGGUCUGUCAGUCACUUGGAAGCACAAUUUCCCACCAACCAGAGCCGUAUCAGGAUGAAAUUUGUAGCACGCUGAAAUGGAGACCUGAUAUUUGCCUCCUUGAACCCAGUCAGUUGAAACAAUCGCUCAGGUUGCCUAUAAGCCAGACAGAGGCAGACAUACUCCUGGACCUCAAACAUGCCUGUUUUCACUUCGUGCAUGAUGCACUGGGGUCUUUGACUCCAUCUGAUGUGCAGCAACUAGGAUUGCAUCAGAAAAAGUUCUAUGUCUGGAUGAAGCACCUCGACUCAGAAGUUUUACGCGGACACGUUGAUCCAGGUUGUUUAACGUGGAUUGAAGAGAGCUCCGAAGAGAAGCAAAGGCUCUUCAAAGAAGUCGCUGCUGCUAGCGUUAACGGGGAGAUGGUAUGUCGUGUGGGGCCGCAGAUUGCGGCGAUACUUAGGCACCAGUUGUCACCGUUGGAGUUGAUGAUGGAAGACAAGCUGCUCUACAAAUACUAUCGCGACAGUCUCAAGUUCGACCGUUCAUAUAACCAGCUGAGUGAGCUUGUUAACCACGUUGUUCAUAAAAACCCUCAAGCAAAAAUCCUAGAGAUCGGCGCGGGUACAGGUGGCGCGACUCGAUGGGUGCUCAACGUGCUCGGGAAUGGAAAAAAAUCCGGCCAUGGACCCCUCUCCUCGGCAUAUCAUUUCACUGAUCUCUCCUCAGGCUUCUUCGAGGCUGCGCAGGAGAAUUUUGCUGACUGGAGUGACAUUAUCUCCUACCGAAAACUGGAUAUUGAAACGGACCCUGUCAAGCAAGGAUUUGAAAGUGGCAGUUACGAUCUCGUUAUUGCUUGCCAAGUCUUACACGCCACGAAAAGUAUGGCGAAAACCAUGACAAACGUCCGUACGCUACUGAAGCCUGGCGGCAAGGUGAUCCUUUUUGAAACUACGCAAGACCAGUUGGAUAUUCAGUUCGUGUUUGGACUGCUCCCUGGUUGGUGGCUAGGCGAGGAAGAAGAACGGUAUCUUAGCCCAAAUCUAUCAGUUCCUCUUUGGGACCGUGUGCUCAAAGUGACCGGCUUCAGCGGCAUCGACGUUAACGUACAUGAUUGCGAGAGUGAGGAGCUUUAUUCAUUUAGCGUCAUGAUGUCGACAGCACAAUCAGAACGGCAAAAUUCACUCUUGGGUCCAGUGGUGCUGGUAUCUGACACAAUCGCACGUGAGCAAACCUGGAUGAAGAUGCUACAGGAAUCCGUUGCGGCCACGACUGGUGAAUGUGCUCCCGCGGCUGAAUUGCUCCAUUCAGUAGACGCGAACGGAAAGAUCUGCGUCUUUGUGGAAGAUAUCUACCGGCCACUUCUUUCAAAGCCUUCACCUUCAGAGUUCGAAGCAAUCAAAACUCUUGCUUUGAAUUGUAGAGGACUGCUCUGGGUUACGCGAGGUGGCGCUGUAGAGUGUGAAAGUCCGAUGCUCGCUCUUAGCCAUGGUUUCCUACGCUCUCUGCGCAACGAACAUAGUGGAAAAAAGUAUAUCUCGUUGGACCUUGACCUUGCAAGGCCUAGAUUGGACCAACAGGAUGCUGCCAUUAUUACCAGGGUUCUCGCAGCAAGUUUCGACGUCACUGACAGCGAGGCUUCGCAGGAUUUCGAGUUUGCCGAAAGAGAAGGCGUGAUCCUAAUUCCCCGUCUUCAUAAGGAUUUUGAGAGAAACCAGUUUAUUGCGGGAAAUGGCACCCAAACCAUGCCCCCUUCUCUGGAACCCUUCAAGCAGUCGAACCGUCCUCUCAAGUUACAAAUAAGCACUACUGGGCUUCUAGAAACUCUAACCUUCACAGAUCACCUGGAUGUCUAUGAAGACAUAGAUCAUGAGGACAUCGAAGUAGAACCCAAGUCGUUCGGGGUCAACUUCCGAGACGUAAUGGUGGCAAUGGGGCAGCUUGAUGAGACAAGAAUGGGCUUCGAAUGUGCUGGCGUCAUCACUCGCGUCGGUACCAAUGCGGCGCUAAAUGGCUACAAUGUUGGAGACCGCGUUUUCUGUCUCCUAGACGGCCAAUAUGCGAGUAGAGUCCGGCUUCCUUGGACCACGGCGUACCACAUGCCCCCCGACAUGACCUUUGAGCUGGCUGCAUCUAUCCCAAUGGUCUUUGCAACUGCUCAUAUCUCGUUACAUGAUAUUGCUAGAUUGUCCAAAGGCCAGUCUAUAUUGAUCCAUGCUGCUACUGGGGGCGUUGGUCAAGCGGCAAUCAUACUAUCACAGCUUGUUGGCGCUGAGGUAUUUGCUACAGCUGGUACAGUAGAGAAGCGUGAUUUCAUCAUUCAGAAGUACGGCAUACCGGAAAACCAUGUUUUCUCCAGCAGAGAUACUUCUUUCGCGGCCAAGCUCAUGUCAGUGACGAACGGCCUCGGAGUAGACGUCAUCCUAAAUUCACUUUCAGGAAGGCUGCUCCAGGAGAGUUUCAACUGCCUUGCACCUUUCGGACAUUUCGUUGAGAUUGGCAAGUAUGAUCUUGAGCAGAACAGCUAUCUCGAAAUGGAACCUUUUACGCGUGUCGUAUCAUUUACUUCAGUCGACCUGUCAGUGCUUCUCAGACAUAAACCUUCCGAAAUUCAUCGGACGUUGGCGAAAGUUGCGAGUUUAUUUCAACAGAAACUUAUUCGCGCGGUGGAACCCGUUACUUUUUUCCCGCUGUGUGAUGUCGAAAAGGCGUUCCGCCACAUGCAAGCCGGGAAGCAUACUGGCAAGAUUGUAGUAUCGGUGGGCCGAGAGGACAUUGUUCCGGUGGUUCCGCGCAGGCCGCCGACUCGCCUUCGGUCCGACUCGUCAUACAUCAUUGUUGGAGGCGUAGGAGGAAUCGGGCGAUCCAUCGCCCAGUGGAUGCUAGGCCAUGGUGCAAAAUCUUUGAUCCUUCUAUCACGCAGCGCUAAUGCCGAGGGUGAGAUGGCCUCUUUUGUUGCCGAGCUUCAGGAAAGACACCCGGGUUCUAGAAUCAAAGCCGUUGGCUGCGACAUUUCGAACGCAACCGAGUUGUCGCUCGCACUGCGGAAUUGUUCCCGGGAAGUACCAACUAUCCGUGGAAUUGUCCAAGGUGCAAUGGUGCUUCGGGAUUCCAUUCUCGAACACAUGACGAUUGAUAGUUAUAUGGCAGCUGUCCGACCAAAGGUGUAUGGAACGUGGAACCUACACAAACAACUUGGUUCACAACUAGACUUUUUUAUCAUGCUCUCAUCGCUGGCAGGCAUCCUUGGAUAUUCAAGUCAGUCAAAUUAUACAGCUGGCGGAGCUUUCCAAGAUGCACUUGCUAGGUACCGGGUGAGCAAAGGUCUCCCAGCGGUGGCCAUCGACCUUGGAGUUGUCAAGUCCGUGGGUUACGUGGCAACGCACAAGUCCGUCCACGAACGUCUCAAAAGAAUCGGACAUACGGCGCUAAGCGAGGACCAAGUCCUUAGAGCCCUUGAAUCAGCCAUUCUCAACCCUUCUCCUCAGGUCAUGGUAGGGCUCAACACCGGACCUGGUCCUCAGUGGGAUGAAGAGACUGGCUCGCCCCUGGCACGAGAAUCCCGCUUUCUUUCUCUACGGUAUCGGGAACCGUCCAAAGCUACCGGUGCAUCCACCACUCUGCGGCGGGUUGACAAUCUCGCCGGCAAGCUGGCAUCUGCCUCAUCGCUCGAUGAGUCGGCCGGAUUAAUAAUGAGGGAGCUGAGCAAAAAACUUGGGGAUAUAUUCAUGAUUCCCGUGGAUGAAAUUACGCCAUCCAAGUCAAUGGCGUCCUUCGGAGUCGACUCGCUAGUAGCUGUCGAGCUGCGCAAUAUGCUGAUAUUGCAGGCUGGUUCGGACGUCUCCAUUUUCGAAAUCAUGCAAAGCCCAUCUCUAACAAUUCUCUCUCACACCGUCGCAUCAAAAAGUGCCCACGUAGCCCUACCUUUGCGUCCAUGA